GCAUUAGACGCCACUCACCCAGCCCGACCCGAGCCAGUCAAUCUGACAACUCACUCUGCCUCACACUGACUGGGACUGCAGGUUCUAACUGUCAAACUCCUGGGCCCAAACUGACCCAAUGCUGCACUUAUGCAAAGAGCUUGGCUUCCAGCAUACGAGUUGAAGGGCAUCAAGCCUGUGGAGGCCAAUGUGUUGUGUUUUUUAUUUUAUUUUCCCUCUUGAUAUGUAUGGAUGCAUGUUGUAAGAAUGAUUUAGGGCUUAACACUUUCUUGGUAUAAAAAGUAAAAUAAAGCCGUUCAUAUGCAUUUGAAAUUAUUUUGAGUGCUUUUCAUAUUGCGAUAUACGGCAGAACCAUUUUGUAGGUAGGAAGCAACAUAUUGUAUACGUCAUAAACUUGAUUACAACAUUUUAACAUAUAGUAGCUAUAUGACUGUUGCAUUUAAAAAGAAGCACAUUCAUUUCUUUUUUUUCAAUACAUUUGAUUGCAUCUGAGCAAAUGUUGCCAAACUCUUUGCAGAGCAGAAGGAUGGCUUGAAUCAAUCGUAUUAACUACCUGUAAAAAAAAAUUGUAAAUAGUUUAUACACGUGGGCAUGAAUACAGCCAUUGACAUUGACAGCUUACACGACUAUGUAACUUUUGAGAAACAAGCUAAUACAUAUUUUACAGGUAACAUAAUUGCAAUAAACAUUUUAAUUUCAUCAUAAAACGUGAGUGUCAUUGCAGAUCUUCAGUUCUCUCCAGUUGUUACAUCAAAUUUAAGCAUUUAUCAUUAUCUAUUAAUAGUCACGUGUAGCAAAAGUUACAAAUGUCUACUUUAAGAUUUGGACUAUAUAAUAGAAAAUAUUAUUAGUCAUAUUUACUGAUGGUAAAAGGAGCAGUAAACUAAUUGAGCUAAUGCUUGUUUUGCCAGAGUAUGUAUGUGGCUGAAGUCAUGUUUUUUAUUUUAAUAACCUGACUUUAAUUUUUUUUACAUUUAACUCUAACCUGAGUAACAUUGGAUCUGUGCACAGUAUGAUGAUCUAUGUUACAGAAUAAUCCACUCUGCGACCAAGUAAACUUUUGUAAUGCAGUUUUCUCUCUGGUUGACAAAACUGUGACAUUUAAUAUGAUAUUGUACUGCUUGUUGCAUGCAGGAUUGGCAAGAGAGCUCCAUUUGCCCCUCCCCUGCAGCAGCUGACCUCUCCAAAGAUAUACAUGGAUCCUGCAUAUUAAUAAUAUCUCCUCUGCAUAGCUAUCAUUUUCCCUCUUUGGUAAUGCAUCACAAAUGUCUGUUAUGUCGUAGCUCAAUACAUGAGUUACUUCUGUUCAUGGCAUCAACUUUGCUGUAAUUACAAAAUUAUGUCUGGUGUGUUCUCUUUGAAUAGGCCCCUUUAAAAUCAAUAAUCUUGUACAGCACAAAAUCCAUCCUUUCUCCUUUUGAUUUCUCAUCUUUACUUCCUUUUACGUGUUUUCCCCCUGUAUUCCAUUGUUUUUGCCCUGUCCACGUAUUUGUCGUCUUCGUCUCCUCUCCUUCCUUUUUAUUUUUGUUGCUUCAGGUAUUUCUUUCCACCUUUGGAUUUUCCCAGAGCAGGAACCAGACAUGACAGAUGAGCUUCGUUUGAAUUCAAGACAAGCCACACUUGGCUGUCAACCUGCUCAUUUCAAACACCAUGGCAGGUUAUUACAAGCUGGAAGAUGAAGUCCUUCCCAGUUUCCUCUGUGAGUCUAUGGACAGCUCCAGUGGCCGUGCCACACUAGGGAAUGUGACACUGGGCUCAGGCCCGGGAUUGCCAGUGGCUGCCUCCACAGUGGCAAAAAUCCGACCCAGUUCGGACAACAGAGAAGAUCAUUGGAAGUCAUAUCUGGAUGAAAAUAAGUUGAAGCAGGCCAGCUCACAGCCAUCAGUUGGAGAACAGCCCAAGUUUGCCCUCAGCUUUAAAGAUGAAUUGGACAAAGCGGAUGACUUCAUUGCAGCCCACCGUCUAUCAGACAUGCUGGUGAAGAUUAAUCUAGAUGACAGCGGAUCUCAAAACCAGGGCUCAAUUAUUCAUCUGCAUCCUACACAGAUUGGUUCAGUCCAUGGCUGGCCCGCAGAACUUGGAACAGACCUGUCAACGGGGCUUCUGGCCCUUCCCCAGUAUGGACAUAAAGACAAUCCAGAGGCAAAGGCCUCUUCAGCCAUAGUGGGGAAGGACAAUGUGCAGAGUGAAGGAGUGGACAGUGACCAUUUCAGUGGCAGCAAUUCAAGCUUCCUGGCAAAUGAGAGGCUCAUGUCUGUGGACAGUAUGAACAGUGAUAUCACAGAUGACACUGACUUCAACAAUUUGCCUGAUGACGAACUGGAGCUUUACUUCAAUAAGCUGGUUCCUCCUGCCAUGCAGAGAGGCAGAGUGGAGGGCCAGGAGCUUGUCUCAACAGAGGACUUCAUGAUGCCUGACGUGCGUCUGGCUGCUACAGGUAUGGACUCCUGUCCUGCCAGUGAUGAGGACACUGAGGAUGAGCUGGAAUCUGCCAGAAGGAACAAUGAUGCAUCCAGAACACGGCUGCUGUCAAGCACCUCCAGACAACUGGUUGGAGAGAGUAAUUGUCCCAGUUUCAGGCCGGGUUUAGAGGGAGGCAGUUCUGAUGAUGAGUAUUUAAGUGGCCGCAGUGGUCCAUCUGUGUCAGGGAUCGAACACAGACGAUCUGCUGAGGGACAGGUCAUCAACCCUCCUGUUACAGGGGAUGGAGGCGGUGGGGAUGGGAGCAGUGGGAGUGAGGAAAGUGGAAAUUAUGCAGGUGCGUCAACCAUCCCUCCUCCAACAACUAAUGUUCAGACUACUUAUGAUGCCCUGCGUGGGCUAGGGAUUGUGGGCAGCAGUGCUGUUGGUGAAGAUGAAGACAAGGAUCUCAAUAAUCUGGUUGGACAUGGAAGGAACAGUCUUUCCAGACAUACUGAGAUUGGUCACCGGGUGGGUCCUGUAGGAAUAGGGGAGGCAACCUCCUCUUGGGGAAUGUCACUGGGAACUCAAAAGCCCUCUCCUGUGAACUGGAGCAUGGUGCUGGAUCGACAGGAGACACUGGAUGCAAUGGAAAGCACGGAGACUGGGCCAACUGUUGACCGAUUUUUGGAUUCAGUCUACCUGAGAAAUAGAGCUGGACUCCGAAGACCCCAAGAUGUUGCAAAUAUGACUUUCUCCCAUCUUCAAGGCACUCAGGGGAGUUUCCACCUCUCCCAGGUAUUGCUCCCAGAAUUUUGUGACAAGGAUGGGGACGACAACGAUGAUUAUGAUCACAGUGGAGUAGAUGAACCUGAUAGUGCCAGACCCUCCUUAGGCUUGAGAGGAGGGCCUUGUGGGGAUGUUACUACUGCAGAGGCAUCAGGUGGUACCAGUGAGGAUGACACAAAUCCUCUCUCCACCUCCCUGGAACCCAAGUAUUUCUCCCAGAGCUUCCACCAGGAACAAGAAGAUUCAGAUGAGUGGAAUCACUGUCCAGACAACCUGGAGCUGGAGUUUCAACAAGGUGCCAGAACCACUCAUAAUGUUGUGUACCAGAAUGAAGAAGGGCAGUGGGUGACAGACCUGGCUUAUUACUCCUCCUUUGAGAAAGAGGUUGAUGGGAAGACCUCAGAGACUGCUGGCCAGUUUCAUACUGAGGACUUUGUUGAUCCCAGUAGUGCUUUGGAAAAGUUAGCUAAAGAUGAAGAGGAGUUUGAAAAAGAGCACCAGUUCAUUCAGGAAGAGAAGAUUGAACUGAUCAACAGCAGCACCUUUCAGAGUGACUCAUUGUGGAAGGUCCCCAGCAACAGCCUGAUGAGGGCUUCCCAGGUCACUUCUGAAUUUAAUCAGGGAGACCAGAGCUACCUGCGGCUUUCUUUAGGAGAGUUUUUUGGACAACGCUCUGAAGCCCUGGGCUGUUUGGGCAGCAUUAGUGAUGUGGAUGGAACUAAACGGCCGUCCUUUGGCUACAUUAUUACCUCUCCAGAGAAGAGGGAACCAUUUCCCCUCAUUAACCCCCAAAGAGUCGUAACAUCGCCUCACAUUGACACCAUGGAGCUCAGUGAAGGAGACAAAACACUCAACCCAGAGGACCUAGAGAAAACUCUUGAGGCUCCAGGUGAAAUGAUUUCACCAAAAGGUGAUAUUGAUCAAGAAUCCAGUGAACAGGAGGACCAUUCUGUUAGUGCUGCAUUACCUGACCACAGUGAAGGCUCUCCAGAGUCAAUCUUGGGUAGUCAAACCGGUGCCACCCUGGACAACAACAGCAGUCACUUGAUGCUGAGUAUCAGCACCAUUGCUUCAGCCAUUGCUGAUGCAUCGAUCAGCACUGACCCAUCACAGCUGGCUGCCAUGAUCAUGGCGCUCUCCAAGAAGAGUAAGAUGAGGAAUCAACCCAUGGAUUCAGUCCCCUCUAACAGCACAGAGGAUCAACAUUCAGCUGAAAAUAUCCUCUAUGAACCAGAUGAGAGUGCCAUGUUGGACACACUGCAGACAAGAACCUAUGUUGGAGAGCCAAGUGCCUUUGAUCUGGAGAAGUACCUGAAAACGACUGAUGUCUCUUGCCCCAGUGAUGCCUCUUUCGCACAAACUACCUUUGACCUGACCAGAUGGGCGCACAACCUCAGUACGAACCCUCAAACAGGAUAUCCAGCGGACCAGAACAACUCAUUUCAGCGAGUGUACAGUGAGACUCAAAAGAAGGCAUCUGCAGUCUCACUUUCAAAUUCAUUAUCGCCAGGUAAUAGUGUAUCAAAAAGAAGCCCUCUUCCUUGUCCCCACACAUCUUUCAGCUCAGCUGGGAUGUCUAUGAGAUCGGGACCAUCUUCAAUGCUGAAGAUUCCUGCCAACAAAACGGCAGCUUGUGAUAGAACAAUUUCUUCUGCAACCAAGACUUGUGGAUCCACAGGCAGCACGUCCACAGAUAAUGGAGUAAAGGCAGGAGAACAAAAGCCACCAGGAAAAAACAAUACUGGGUAUUCUUUAGAUGCAAAACAAAAGAGUGAUGACAACUCUUCUUCCUCAACUGGCUUGCCUAGAACCUUCCCAGGAUGGAGGAAAGGGCAGUCAGGUCUGCCCUACCUUAAAGGUUGCUCUCCCCCGUCUCAGGGGAUGAGGACUGCAGGCCAGCAGCAUCAGGACAGACUGAGUAAUUCUCUGCAGAAGAAACCACUAUCCAGGAAUAUUGUGGGAACUCCACUACCUUGUAGCUCUGAGGAGAAAAAAAACGUUGGCUCCCCUUCCCAAAAGAUCUGGUCAUCAGUAGAACCUGCAUCAGAACUCCCGAAGGGUUUUUCAGAGCCAUGUGGGGAGGAGACGCAGUGUAACUUCAGACCAUCCACUUCUCCACUCACCCACUCCUCUCCAAGUCAGACCUCCAUUCCCAGUGCUAAUGGUGAAUGUCUGACGGACAAACGUCCAGGUCUUGACCUCUCUUCUCAGUCAACCUGCUCAAGCCCUAGUCUCAGCAGGCUCACAUACAUCUCCAUGAAUGAUGGCACUGUCAUACCAACUCCUGAGAGACAAAAGAACAAUUGCACCAUGGCACUGAGCACCACCAUCAUCAGAUUCAGUCCAACUCCACCUGUGGGACCUGAUGAACAGUCUAACCUUGAUAUUCCUUGCUCAUCUAAAAGCAUAGAUCAGCUGCAACCACAGCAUUCUAAAAGUCUGGACCCUCUACCAGCAACGCAAUGUAAAACACAAGAGCCGUCACGUAGUGGUUCUGCCCUGAGCUGUACUCGCAGUCAGAGUGAAUGUAACUACCACUGUGCCAGGGACAGGACCAGUGAUCUUUCAGCAGGUUGUAGGACCCACAGGCACCUCUCUGAAUCCAAUGUAAGGCAGCUCACCAAAGUGGACUCAGGUUAUUGUAGCAAUCUGAACAUUCAGCAAACUAGACGCAUCCCAGCUCCUCAGAGCUCCCAGCAAUGGGGAGCUGCUAGCUCAGCGUUGUCAUCUGUCAUCUAUGCUGGUGGCCUUGGCGUUCCUCUGUCCUGCUCAUCAGAGGGUUUUCACUAUGUGCCCAUCCCCAGCUUUAAGCCCCAGUGCACUGGUUUUAUUGACCUUCCCCACCAAGGAGAUGUGCAGUCCCUCCUUACUGGAUGCUCUCUCUAUAACUCCCAGCUGGCUCAGCAUUAUUUGGGAUCUGAAGCUCCAUUACAUCCUGGUGCUUAUCCUGUGGGACCAACAGGAAGUGGUCUCUACAGUGUGUCCUCUACAGGCACAUCCAAUAAUGAUCCAACAGUGAGACACACCCAUCCACCAUCAGGGCCUCUGGAAAUUUCUGCUGCUGCUGGCUCUCUUCGCCUCCCCAGACUCCAUCAGAAUCAACAGGACAUAGGUAUAAUAGCGAAACCUUACAGUCACCAUGAUGCAGAGCCACUUGGGACAGGUGGACUUGAAGAACUGAGAGGCCAAGUGGUGGUACCAGGAGAAGUGCGGUUUCCUAAUGCCUGCUGCGUAGGCAUUGCCUCACAGACCUCCCUCAGCCUCUUCAACCCCUCGGAGAGAUGGCAGCAAGUGUCAAUCACUGUCACCAGCCUUGCUAUUGAUGGAGAAAAGGUGGAGGGCUUGCCUUAUCAGUGGCUCAUAGUCAAGAACAAGACUAUCAUUGGGCCAAAGAGCACAGAGGAGCAGAAAGUGUUGUUCAUAGCUCCACAGGCUGGUGUUUACGAGUGUGUCCUCACUGUUUGGUCCUGGCCUGCGUCUGCUGAGAUAGAGGUGGCUGCCAGGGCCAAUAGCUUUGCUAAAAGGGUGGUGUUGAUUGCCAUAGCGGAGAAUCCUGCAGUAGAGGUUGAAGAAAGUAAAUUUUGCUAUUUGGAUUUUGGAGACCUUCCGGGAGGCAGUGCCAAAUCUCUUCCUUUGAAACUUGUCAACAAGACUCAUGCCACAGUGCCCAUCCGUCUCGUAAUCAGUGCAAACGCUACAGCCAGCCGAUGCUUUACCUUUUCCAAGCAGCCAGUUGUCAUGACACCCGAAGAAACACAACAGGCUGGACACAUCACCCCAGUGUCUUCUCCCUCUGUGAUUAAUCAUGUGAUGCCUGCCAACUACGGAGAGAAUACAGUAGGCUUCAUGGUCUGGGUACAUUUCAAAGCCCCUCAGAAGUACACAUUUUCAGGAGAGCUUGGUCCGCCUGUUGAGUACCUUGCUCGGGUGGACAUUGAAUUGGACUCCCCUGGUCCAAGUCAUGUUAUCAGGAGUAUUCCCCUCAGUGCCAGGUCUGGAACUGCAAGAGUCCAUGCGCCUAAAGACCUACAGAAUCUCCGCCUGUCUGCUCCGCUGGGUAUAUCUAGUAAACAGAUGCUGCCAUUAAAGAAUGCUGGAAAUAUUGAUGUGCAGCUGAAACUCGAGAGUAGUGAUGCUGAGGGCAGUUUCUCUGUGACACCUGAUGAACUCUUCCUGAGAGUAGGAGAUGAGCAGGAGGUCACAGUUUCCUUCAAAGCACAGAAAAACAGGAAAAACAGAGAAAGCCUCCUCACCAUAUUGGUGUUGCCAUCAGGCCCUCAGUAUGAGGUAACCCUGAAAGGAGAAGUUGUACCAGAGGACUCUGGGAAACCUGCUGUUCACUCUUCUUCUGCCUUUGGCUCCGGUCUGACCAAAGACAUUCCACCAAUUCUCUCUAAUAAACAGUUCAUAGCUUGGGGAGGCGUCUCUCUGGGACGAGCUGUCCAACAGAAGCUGGUUCUAAGGAACAACUCUACAAACGUCACACAGCAGCUACGGUUGCUCAUUCGUGGUCAAGAUCAGGACUGUUUUCAGCUCCAGAGUAUGUUCAGUCCAGAAGAGCGUCUAACCCGACAUGGGGAGCUGUCCAUCCGUCCCAGAGAGGACGUGGCUGUCCACCUGCUCUUUGCUCCCACCAGGGUUGCCUCAAUGUUGUCCAAGCUAGAGAUCAAACAGUCUGGAGUCCAGCCUUCACAGCCAGGGGUCAAAUUUACGAUUCCACUGUCGGGCUAUGGCGGGACCAACAACAUCAUCCUGGAGGACCAGAGGAAACAGGCCGACAGCUAUGUGGCGACACUAACAAACAUUGCAAUUGGUCGCGUCAGCAAAGUGUGUUUGUGCGUGAGGAACACAGGAUCAAGAGCAGCUUUCAUCAAAGCAGUGGCCUUUACAGAUAUGCAGACGCGAUCAGUUUUGGAGCCCUCUGUCAUCAGCCUUGCCCCAUCACAGUUUGUGCUUAAGGAAAGGACACAAGAGGUGAUAACUGUGCUCAUGAAGUCAACCCAAAGAGAACAUGGCCUGUGUCAGUCAGUCACUGCCCUGCUGGCUACUGUCUGUUUGUUCUGUGGAGAUGAGGUCUCCAGGCAGCAAUACAGGAGAUUACUUCAGAGCAAACCAGAGGCUGCACAGCAAGCUCUGUCCGAGAAUAGUCUUCUGAAAAACAUCAACUUCAAUGAAAAGUUCCUGGGGGAAGAAAAUGUCACAGAGACCUGUGACCUGCCCCAGCGGCCAAAUGAGGCCCACAUCUUCUAUGGCAACAUGAGUAAGGUGGUUGUGUCGUUGCUGGGAAGUAGAAAGAACACUGCGUGUGACGACAGAGACCAUACUGAGCUGCAGCUGCCCCCUGCUAGGCAAGAUUCAGAAACAGACUGCGGUUUGGUAAAUGGUGGUGUGUCUUUAGAUGUGCUGCCAGUCAAAGGUCCCCAGGGUCCAGCACUGAGAGUGACAGAAACCUCCUUAAAGGCUUCCAAUCUAUUACGCAGGAAGUCUGAUUCCUGGACCAUCCAUCCAGAACAGCUUGUUCUAACAACUCCUACCAUCAGUGGUGCGGCCACCACCAGUCAGAUUCAGAUCUGUAACAACACUUCCAGAGAGCUAAGCUUUGAUUUGUCCUGGCCUGCUCACUGCCUCACCAUCACACCUCAACAUGGAGUGAUCGAGCCUCAGUGCCAUCUGCAGAUUUGGAUCAGCCCUAACCCCUCACUUACAACUAAAUCUGCCCUGCUUCCAUGGAGUGGACAGGUUUAUGUCCAGUGUGAUGGUCGACAGAAGUUUAUUAAGGUCCAGAUUCGUCAGGACCUGGCUCUGGAUGUGUCCGCAGCCUCAUCAGAUAGGACACUGUCAGCGCUGCCCCCUCAUGCUGCCACCCCUAUUCUUCCUGUGGCCAGACUCAUCACUGACCCCUCACUGGCCCUGGAGACCCCACAAGCUCAGGUUGAGAUCAGCAACAAGAGUAUCAUCUUUGCCACCACUCCCACUGGGGAAACAUCAGAGGCCAAGCUGGAGGUGCAGAAUGGGCAAGUAGAAGUGAGGUGGUACCUGUCAUCAUUUGCCCCACCAUAUGUCAAGGGUGUUGACAACACUGGUGAUGUCUACCGGGCUACCUACACUGCUUUCACAUGCUCCAGGGUCUCAGGAAUUCUUGGAGCCAAUGAGAAAAUGCAGGUGCCUAUGACUUUCCUGCCCAGGGACCGAGGAGAUUAUGCACAGUUCUGGGACUUGGAGUGCCACCCAGUGUCUGAGCCCCAGCAGAAAACCAGAACCCGCUUCCAGCUCUGUGGCACUGGUGUAAAAUCUGGAUCUGUGGAGGAACCACAGGAAGGAGACAGCACUGUGGUGAAAAAAGAGCCCACAGUCAAGACCAGAAAGGGAGAUGAUGCCUCAGCAGGCAAAAAAAGGCAGGAGGAGACUGUGUGGAGGGGUGUGUAUUCUCCACAGGAUCUGUACACCUUCCCUGCCACACGGGUGGGUGAGUCCAACACUUUGAAGGUCAGCAUCCGCAACAACUCAUCCAGCACGCAUGAGCUGAAAUUUGUAAACACUAAGGAGCCAUUCCACAUCAAGCAUUCGAAAUAUUCUCUGAGAUCACAGCACUAUUUGAAGCUACCCAUCCAGUUCAGGCCGAGCACUGCAGGCAGACACGCCAGCUUGUUGCUCAUCAAGUCAGAAACAAGUGAAAGUCUUGUUAUUCAGCUAAUAGGUGAGGCAAUGCCUUGACCACACCAUCUACCAUCCUCAACCAACCCCACAUGCUGACUGGUCGGUUUUGGAUAGAUGCUCAUCCCGGUACUGUUCAUCAGGGCACAGAGGGGAGAAAUGGGUGAAGAUAAAACUGCACAAAAUCCCCAAAAAAGGAAGCCUGAACUUAAACCAUUCCCUGUCUUCAUAUUUAAAGAUGUGAACUGUUUACCUGGAAAUGACUUUGAAUCUGCUACCAACAUCUGCCUCUUGAUAAGACUCGGGUGUCAUCAGGUGGCCCAUGGAAUAUGAUUGUUCCUGAAGCAGAAAAAUUUGGGCUAACUGGCUUAUAAUAAGUCUGCGACACUCAGAAUUUUUAAGAUUCCUGUCACUUGAUUCACAAACUGAUAUUUGCCUAACCCCUUACUUGCGUCACAUGGGAGCAUUGUUGCCACCACGGCCUGUCAAACAGAACCAGUACCAGCUGGGAUAUAUAGGGGAUUUUUUUAAGUUGGUCACUCAGGAAUUUAAUGUUGCAAUUCAUUUACAUAGAUAUCAAUUAAAAGUAGCAUGAAGAAUUAACCUAAUUUAUUGUAUUAACUCCAACAUGCCCCAGGGGAUUCUUCUUCUUUUUCCUCUGUGCUUGUGGGGUUUCUGUGUAUGAGGCUCCUUGUCACACAGAGCCCACCUGGAUAGUGACAUUUGUCAGAAACAUGUGUCGACUUCCAAAAAACCUCAAAGAAAAAAAGUUUAAAUAUACUUGAUUUAGUCAUUAUCAUUGAUUGUUAUUUUCUGCUUGAAUUGGAUGUUUUCUGUACAGCAACUUGCCAUGCCUGCUUAGUGGGGUUACCAUGGUAUAACAGUGUUAAUAGCUCCCAGUUAACUCUUUUGGCGCUGGGGCAAAUCACCAAAAAUGCAUAUGAGCAUUGGAUUCACAUCCAUAAUUGUUUUUGUAGCUAGAUGGGGAAAUAUUGGUGCACUUAAACCAAGAUGUGGCAUUUUUCUGUCAGAAGAAGAAGACAACAUUUAGGCAAUGUAAAACAAUGUUUUUUUAUACUUAACACUGUAGUGGUUAAAUUUUUAUAUGAAGGCAGUAUAUUGUCUCAACAUGCUCUGACAGCUAUCCUCUCAUUCAUUAAUUUACAAUUUUUACAUGCUAUUAAUAGUAUAUCAUGUAAUAUAUUGCUAUGUGUACACAUUUUAAAUAAAACCUGUGAUAAAUA